AAAGAAAAUAAGAGGGGGGACUGGUAAGAUCUGUCAGGAGACAGGUAUCUAUUUUGCUCACUAUUUACUACCAAGAGCCUUUGGCACUGGAACAGAACCUCGUAAAUCUGCAGCCCAAGUUGAAGUUCAUCUGGCCCUAGUCCACAUGCUAUUCCUGGAGGUAGCAAACAUGAGCUCAAAGGAACGAGGUGAAAUCACAUUCUCACUUUUAAAUAUAUGCUUUUUUUUUUUUAAGGAGAAAAGAUAUUUGUCUCUGAGGGAGGAGGAAAUGGAAAGGGAGUACCAGGAGACGGGCAUCCCCUUGCUAAAAUGACUACAGUUGAGUCUUCAGGCCAAAAUAGAAACCUCAAGAUGGGAAAUAUCCCCCCUUCCCCCCAUUUAUAAAUAGAAGUUUCCAAUAUCCUAUUUGGAAGACUUUUCCAAUACUGCAGGCCCAAGCAUUAACUAAUUGCUUAAAGAUCUGUUGAUAGUGGCCAUAAAGCUAGAAGCUGUUUGUAAAAACUGGACAAUGUGAAGAAGAUAGCUAGAAGAAGUGGGAAUUCUCCAAUUAGCGAUUUCUUCUGUACUCAAUUUUGAAGGGUUCUGCCCCUUGUUUUCUUAAAAAAAGACUGUUCAAUUUUUAUUCUGGGUUUGGUGGACAGGGAUGGGACUCAAAACUCUUAAGUUGUCGUUUGCUGAGCCUUAAAGAGUUCCAGUUAUUGGUUGAGUAAAUGGUAGCCAUGACUAGAUGUCAAAAUUCUUCCUUCCCUCUCCACUGCCGGGUAGCCACACUCACAACCCACUUUGUUGUGAAAAAAAUUGAUUCAGAGGAGGUGGUGCGGCAGCGCCACCCCUCGGUGGGUGAAACUAGUUGCAAAAGUCAAAUAUUUGAAAAAUAUUGUGAAAUGACCUUAUGAGGAUUUUUUUCUUUCUUUAGAAAGAGGAUUGAUAAAACUAACUUUAAAAAAAGAUUUUGCAGUUGGUCUCAAAAAGAGGGGAAAAGGCUGCUUUCCAGUUAGGAUGGUGUCACAGGCAAAGUAGUUCGAGUGUGUGUGUGUCUGUGUGUCUGCAUGUGCGCCCGCGCGCAGGGGAAGGUUGCUGGUUGUCUUUAAGUAGGCGAGUUUUCCAGGCGGUGGUAGUAGCCCUCCUUCCCUAUUGGACUUGACUUCUCAGGGCACCUGAAUUCUGCUGCCUGGCUGAUACUAAGAUAAAGAGGAAUGUUUUGGUGUUAAAAAGCAUAGUGACUGGAAGUCCUGUCGUUUUGCCAGCGAUGCUGGUGGUGUAUAUCGGGGGAUGGGUUGGGGAGGGAGGUUUGUGGAUGGACUGGGGCAAUGGUAGGCUGGUCUCUAGCCGGGUUUGGAGCCCUCUGGGAGUCAGAGUAGUGUGGCGCGUGCCGGUUUCCUGCACUGCGCAACAAGUGGGAAAGCCGCCGUAGUGAUCCGAGCGAGGGUGCUGUGUUGUGGGAAAGCUGGCUGGUUUCUCUUCGCCCCACUGGAAGCCAGAAACGGCUCCUCCUAACCUUUCCCGCCUCCCAGUCCGAGAUCAACAGCCAUAUUCGUGGAUAUGGACCAAAAGACCAUAUUCGUCCCCACUCCCCCAUCUUCGGCUUAGCGGUGCGCAGUAAGCCUGGAUGGGACUCUCCUGCCCUUGGCCUCUAGGGCCCCUUUUCUCCGUGGGAAUCAGAAGUUUAUUCCUGACUUUUUCGCUGGUUGACCAGUAUUUGGCAGGAAGCUCUGCUAAUACUGUCGAGUACCAUUCUGCUUGUUGAAGACAAGUGCACCCUUUCUCUUCCCAUUACAUUCAGCAUUUCGGACUGGAAAAAUCAACAUAUAAUACCUGAACGCAGCUCCAGUUACCGCGCUGUGAUCGCUAGAGGCGUGAGCAUGGGAAAGAAGACCCAGUAAAUUAAAUGUUUUCCAGUUUUGCCCUAUGGAGGCAACCCCCUCCCCCUAAUAGGGGAAAAAAAAGUGGGGGGCAGUCGGGUGUGGAAAGCUGUGGUCGCGCGGUGAUUUUCGGACAGAGUCUGCCACCUAGUGGUAGACUCUGACUUAGUUCACCGCUUUGGGCAGUCGGCCGACCGCGUCACCUUCGGGUCCCCAAGUAUCUCAAACAGGUGCUAGGACUGACAGGGGGAGGACACCCUCCGAUGAGGAUGACAUCCGACCUCCAAUGAAUGGAUGAAAAUUAGAAAGUUUCCGGAUGAUUGCCCCAACCACAGUCGCCCAGCGACGGGCAUCUGCAUCUGCUAAGAGAACCAAGUAUUACCCCAUUUUGAACACACUCUCCCAGUCGCUGUGGCUUCUCCCUGAGGAAAGUCGAUAGUGGAGGGGUGCCACAGGGGCUCUAGGACAAACAGUUCUUCACAGUUGAGGAAACAGACCUGAUGAGAGGGUUAAUAGUGAGUUAACCAGAACUAACCGGAACUAGAUUUUAAGCUGCCGAAUUCCAGGUCAGUGACUUAAAGUCCAAAGUGAAUUUAUCUCCACUCUUUUGAGGUGUCUAAGAGGAAGGAACACAAUCAGAGGGAGCCAUGAUUUCAACCUCUUAGGUUACCAUAGUUUGAAGAGGUUCCCCAGCUGUUCCUAAGGAAUUUGUUUAGAAAAGUAUGGCCCAAGAUUUUCAGUAACAGACUUGAAAAGACUACAGUAGUACUAAGGGAUGGGGGGGGUGGGGUCUCAGAUCUUGGUGGGGGCGGUGGGGGACUGUGUAUGCGUGUGUUAGGGCGUGAUUAAGAUCCAGUCCCUAGACUUGAAGAGAUGAACCUCGCUGCUCCCGAAGCUCACAUUGGAAUCCUGAAAUAGUUCUCUUCGCCUUCCAAACUUUGCUUAGUGGCUUGGCGAGAAGUCAGUUGUGUUUGGGUCCUCUGGACAGGCAGAAUGUAAUCCACAACAGCUUCUUAGCAAAGUUUUCUUUUUCGGAGCUCAAAACUUAAGAUGGCAAACUCGUGUCCGCGUGCUGGCGACCCCUAGCGACAGCAGGCUCAUACACCCGCUGGAGAAGCCGUUGUUUCCACUGCCCUGGUCCGCCGGAAUCGAGUUCAGUCUCUCCUACUGAGGGAGAAACGCGCCUCUGUUCGGGUUGGAAACAAAUCUGGGGACGCGUUUGAAGAGCGGUCAAGUCUGACUCAUCGCUUUCCAAGGACAGUUAGUGCCUUCCAUCUUCAUUAACGUGAAUAAAGACCUUGGCUGACUUCUGUCCAGAUCGGAUUUUUAAGGGCAUUGUUUGCUUGGGGAGCUCAUGCCUCUCCCCUCCCCUCCCCUGCCAGCCUUUUUGCAAAGGCCGAGCCCGGUCCAGCCAGGAUGGCCAAAAUAUCUGUGCUCGGGGACGCGGUCUGCUGGCUUUGACUGCCGGCCCUUUCUGGAAGGCUGUCGCGAGCUGGGCGCCUGGGGAGCGUCCCUUCUGCAGCUCCUCUUUAGAUCUUGAUGAUAAAACACAUCCCUCUAUUUUAUUGCAUUUCCUAGAAGCUUGCAGGCUUGCAAGACCUCUGUUGGCAGGAAAUAUGAUGGAAAUGAAAGUCAGGACAUAAUGUACCUGAACACCUCCUCGGUCACCCAAAAGCGACAGCCAGGGACAUCGCAUUAUCAGAUUCGCUUUCAUCUACUGUCGUCUCCCCAUUCUCCCGCCCCCAGUCAAGAGCGCGAAGAGUGUUUCUUCCCUAGAACAAAAACAACUGGGCGAUUUGACCCUAUCUCCCUGCCGCCUGACCACCUUGGCUAGACCCGAGUAGCUCAUUAGCUGAGACGCUGCGGAGAAAGGGAGCGCUCCGGCAGGAGCCCUGAUGCGGGUUCCACUGCGGCAGCUCCAGUCUCAUUAAAAUUCUUCGUCCCUGCCCCCUGAAUAAUGGUUUGCACUUUCAGAUUCUCCUUUGGGUUUCUCAAUGAGUUAUUGGAAUUGUUAGAUUACCAAUAAUCCAAAAGCCAGUCGGAAUCGAGAAGGGGGUAGGGCGGAAGGCAUUCUCCAAAUCAGGAGACUGUGUCUAAACUAGGUCAAUGGAAAGGAGGGGGCGGGGCGACAAGGGUUGUCGGUUUCAAGCCUUGAUGGAGGGCUCUCUCUAGUGUUAGGCAGAGGUAAAACAUGAUUAGGUUUGAACUCCCGGAACCACGGGACUCCAUUCCAAUAAAUGCAUUUACUUAAUUUUAGCUUCCCUUCCUAGAUUCUCACCCCAUCCCAUAUUAAAUUUCAGCCUUCGCUUUCACCUUCAUCCCGCCGGGCGAAGGGAUGAGAAACUGCUAUUUUAUGAGGCCAGAGAGUGACCCCGCCUCCGCUGCUUGUUGGAGGCGCGGCGUAGUGUGACGCUACUCGCCAGUUUUAGGACGGGAGUGCAGCCUUAGAGGCUGCAUCUUUCGCUCUUCUAUUCCCCACCCCCGGCCCCCGAAAGUGCCUCUCAGGCCGGGCUACUGAGACCGAUUAGGAGAUGGCGCCCAGGGGGUGUAAUUCCGAGGAAGGCUACGGGAAGGCGAGGCAACCAUGGAGCGCGUCUAUAAGCGCGCUAGGGUUUUUGCGCCCAGGCCUCUACCUAAUCCCGAAAUUUUCUCUAUGGUUUCGGAGAAAACGGAUUCGGAAAUCCCGAAAUCUGGCCAAAUUCAGCCUGGCAGCUCCUACUCUAAAGACCUUGGGCGGUAACCGAGCCGAGCUGCGUUCCCCUUCUUGCCAACGUAAGCAGAAGGGGCUUUCGGUUUAGUUUUCCUCCAACUCGACUGGGGCGCGCUGGAUGGAGACCCUCAGCCCCAGGGAUUCUUAUCUUUUAGACUUUGAGGCCUCGCCUAACCACCCCCUUAAAAAAGGAAUCCCGGGGUAGAGGAGCAAAACGAGAGAAAGGGAGAGAAAAAAAGACUCAUCGGGCAACAAACUCUGGAAUUGGGCAACUUGAAAUCAUGAAAUAAGUGUGGGAUUGGACCCAAAUUCCUGGGUUCUAGGCUGGCUGUGCGACUAACUUGUCUGACUCUCCCCAUUUGUAAAAUUGUGGGGAAAAGGUUGGACUAGGCGAACUGUGAGAGCCCUGGACCCGGCGCGGACGAGGGAUUUAGGGGAAAGUGUGCCCUAUUCCCCGCGAGCCUCCCCGGGCGCUCCCCGCCCCACCCCCCUGGUGAAUCCCCGGAGGCCAGCGCGGCACAGGCAACGAUCCUGGCUGCCGUCGGGGCCGAUAGCUUCCUGGAAAGUUAUUUCUCGUUGGAGCCGGCGAUAGGCAGAGACUGUUCUGUGAAAUCUGCUGAGUUGAGAUCGACUACGUUCCGGGAAUGAGAGGGCUGUUCCAUUCCCCUCACUGCCCCCUGCCUUGACGGCGUAAGAGGAAAAAAAAAAAAAAAGGCACACACAAUGUUAGCUACCGAGGUGCACGAAAAGUUUUAUUUGAAUGUAACCAAAUUAAGGGCUGCCACCGGCGUACCGCCGGGUCUCCGCCGCGUCUCCGGGGGCUUGGAGGUGGACGAGCAGCGGUGCUGGCUGCACGCCCGGGGGUGGGCGGUCCCUGGCAGACAGGUUUUAAGCAAAAUUUUGGACUGUGAAUCAAGGCAUUGGGUGAAGAAAAAAUGGCCUCGCCGGCUGACAGCUGUAUCCAGUUUACCCGCCACGCCAGUGAUGUCCUUCUCAACCUUAAUCGCCUCCGGAGCCGUGACAUCCUGACUGAUGUUGUCAUAGUGGUGAGCCGGGAGCAGUUUAGAGCCCAUAAGACAGUCCUCAUGGCCUGCAGUGGCCUCUUCUACAGCAUCUUCACAGACCAGUUGAAAUGCAACCUUAGUGUGAUCAAUCUGGAUCCCGAGAUCAACCCAGAGGGGUUCUGCAUCCUCCUGGACUUCAUGUACACUUCCCGGCUCAACCUGAGGGAGGGCAACAUCAUGGCCGUGAUGGCCACGGCGAUGUACCUGCAGAUGGAGCAUGUCGUGGACACUUGCCGGAAGUUUAUCAAGGCCAGUGAAGCAGAGAUGGUUCCGGCCAUCAAGCCUCCCCGUGAAGAGUUCCUGAAUGGCCGGAUGCUGAUGCCCCAGGACAUCAUGGCCUACCGGGGUCGCGAGGUGGUGGAGAACAGCCUACCGCUGAGGAGCGCCCCCGGGUGUGAGAGCAGAGCCUUCGCCCCCAGCCUGUACAAUGGCCUGUCCACGCCACCCGCCUCGUACCCCGUGUAUAGCCACCUCCCUGUCAGCAGCUUCCUCUUCUCUGACGAGGAGCUGCGGGAUGCCCGGAUGCCUGUGGCCAACCCCUUCCCCAAGGAGCGGGCCCUCCCCUGCGAUAGUGCCAGGCCGGUCCCCAGUGAGUACAGUCGGCCGGCCCUGGAGAUACCCCCCGGCGUGUGCCACAGCAGCAUCUACUCGCCCAAGGAGGCAGCCCCAGAGGAGGCCCGGAGUGACAUGCACUACAGCGUAGCCGAGGGCCCCAAGCCAGCCGCCCCCUCAGCCCGGAGCGCCCCGUACUUCCCCUGUGACAAGGCUGGCAAGGAGGAAGAGCGGCCGUCCUCAGAGGAUGAGAUCGCCCUGCAUUUCGAGCCCCCCAGCGCACCCCUGAACAGGAAGGGCCUGGUGAGUCCUCAGAGCCCCCAGAAAUCUGACUGCCAGCCCAACUCGCCCACGGAGUCCUGCAGCAGCAAGAACGCCUGUAUCCUCCAGACCUCGGGCUCCCCUCCCGCCAAGAGCCCCACCGACCCCAAAGCCUGCAACUGGAAGAAGUACAAGUUCAUCGUGCUCAACAGCCUCAAUCAGAACGCCAAGCCCGAGGGGCCUGAGCCGGCCGAGCUGGGCCGCCUUUCCCCUCGCGCCUACGCUGCCCCUCCGGCCUGCCAGCCGCCCAUGGAGCCCGAGAACCUUGACCUCCAGUCCCCAACCAAGCUCAGCACCAGUGGGGAGGACUCCACCAUCCCACAGGCCAGCCGGCUCAAUAACAUCGUCAACAGGUCCCUGACGGGCUCCCCCCGCAGCAGCAGCGAGAGCCACUCCCCGCUCUACCUGCACCCGCCCAAGUGCACGUCCUGCGGCUCGCAGUCCCCGCAGCACACGGAGAUGUGCCUCCAUGCUGCCGGCCCCACGUUCCCCGAGGAGCUGGGGGAGACCCAGUCCGAGUACUCGGAUUCCAGCUGUGGCGAGAAACCCUAUCGUUGUAACAUCUGCGGGGCCCAGUUCAACCGGCCAGCCAACCUGAAAACCCACACCCGGAUUCACUCCGGAGAGAAGCCCUACAAAUGCGAAACGUGUGGAGCCAGAUUUGUGCAGGUGGCCCACCUCCGUGCCCACGUGCUCAUCCACACUGGCGAGAAGCCCUACCCCUGUGAAAUCUGUGGCACCCGCUUCCGGCACCUUCAGACUCUGAAGAGUCACCUGCGAAUCCACACGGGAGAGAAGCCUUACCAUUGCGAGAAGUGCAACCUGCAUUUCCGUCACAAAAGCCAGCUGCGUCUUCACUUGCGCCAGAAGCACGGGGCCAUCACCAACACCAAGGUGCAGUACCGCGUGUCCGCCACUGACCUGCCCCCGGAGCUCCCCAAAGCCUGCUGAAGCACGGAGUGUUGAUGCUUUCGAGCCCCUUCUCAGAAUCUACCCAAAGGAUACUGUAACACUUUACAAUGUUCAUCCCAUGAUAUAGUGCCUCUUUCAUCCACUAGUGCAAAUCAUAGCUGGGGGUGGGGGUGGGGGGAGGGGGCCGGGGGGCCAGGGAGCCCAGGCAGCUCCCCUUCCCCCGCUGCCGUAAAACAUUAAGAAAAUAAUAUUGCUUCUUCUCCUAUGUGUAAGGCGCACCAUGUCAGCAAAAAGCAAAAUCAUUUUAUAUAUCAAAGCGGGGGAGUAUGCAAAAGUCAUGACUUAACUUGGUCUGCAAAAUGAGGAAUGUAUAUGUUUUGUGGGAUCACAUGUUUCUUUUGUAUGUAAAUGUGCAUUCUUUUAAAAGAAGAGACUUCGGUAUGUUAUCAAAGAGAGGGCUUUAAUUUUUUUAACCAAAGGUGAAGGAAUAUAUGGCAGAGUGUAAAUAUAUAAAUAUAUAUAUAUAUAUAAAAUAAAUAUAUAUAAACCUAAAAAAGAUAUAUUAAAAAUAUAAAACUGCGUUAAAGGCUCGAUUUUGUAUCUGCAGGCAGACACGGAUCUGAGAAUCUUUAUUGAGAAAGAGCACUUAAGAGAAUAUUUUAAGUAUUGCAUCUGUAUAAGUAAGAAAAUAUUUUGUCUAAAAUGCCUCAGUGUAUUUGUAUUUUUUUGCAAGUGAAGGUUUACAAUUUACAAAGUGUGUAUUAAAAAAAAAAGAACAAAAAAAGCUGCGGAAGGAAAAAUGUGUAGUUUUGUUCUAGUUUUCGGUUUGUAUAUACCUGUACAACGUGUCCUACGGUGCCUUUUACCAUGGAAGUUUUCAACUGGGGACGAACGUGCCAUCCCUUUUUGAAGUGUAGGCAGACACAGGGACUUGGAGUUGUCACUAACUGAGCUCUCUUUGGGAAUGUUUGUCUCAUCACAUUCUGCGUCAUGCUUGUGUUAUAACUACUCCGGAGACAGGGUUUGGCUGUGUCUAAACUGCAUUACCGCGUUGUAAAAUAUAGCUGUACAAAUACAAGAAUAAAAUGUUGAAAAGUCAA